AUGGAGGCGGCUGGAGCGUUGGCGAGCUUGGCACCGUCGCCUAUUACUGUGCUGGGGCUGAUACCACUCCUAGCGCUAGGAAUUACGUAUUUCAGAUACCAGCAAUACGACCCAGAGUCUUACGUAUCGGAAGUCAAUACACUUUUGCCGAUCUACGAUUUUAUAAUAGUCGGGGGCGGUUCAGCGGGCGCCGUGGUGGCUUCGAGGCUCUCCGAGAUCGGCAACUGGACUGUGCUGCUUCUGGAGGCGGGCUACGAUGAGAACGAGAUCUCCGACAUCCCCGCCCUAGCCGGCUACAACCAGCUCUCCGACAUGGACUGGAAAUUCCAGACCACGCCGUCCAACAACCGCUCCUACUGCCUCGCCAUGAACGGCGACCGCUGCAACUGGCCCAGGGGCAAGGUGCUCGGCGGCUGUAGCGUCCUCAACGCUAUGGUCUACGUCAGAGGCAACCGAAACGACUACGACCUGUGGGAGGCCCUCGGCAACCCCGGCUGGUCGUACGAUCAAGUGUUACCAUACUUCUUGAAGUCCGAAGACAAUCGAAACCCUUAUCUGGCAGACACGCCCUAUCACGCGUCAGGAGGGUAUCUCACGGUCCAAGAAGCUCCCUGGCGGACUCCGUUAUCGGUGACCUUUAUCAAAGCAGGCAUGGAGCUCGGUUAUGAAAAUCGAGACAUAAACGGAGCGAAACAAACAGGUUUCAUGCUGACCCAGGCGACGAUGCGGCGCGGCAGCAGGUGCAGCACCGCCAAGGCAUUCCUACGCCCUGUACGGCAAAGGUCAAACUUACAUGUUGCACUUGGAGCUCAAGUUACAAGAAUAUUGAUCAAUCCCGUAAAAAAACAAGCUUAUGGAGUGGAGUUUGUUCGAAAUGGUCAAAAGCACAAAGUAAGGAUAAAGAGAGAAGUAAUCAUGUCGGCUGGGUCUCUGGCAACGCCCCAAAUAAUGAUGCUUAGUGGAAUUGGCCCCGCAGAUCAUUUAAAGGAACACAAUAUACCAGUCAUAGCUAACCUCAAGGUAGGACACAACUUGCAAGAUCACGUCGGAUUGGGUGGAUUGACUUUUGUAGUUAACAAACCAGUUACGUUCAAAAAGAACAGAUUUCAGACGUUUUCAGUAGCGAUGAACUACAUUCUAUACGAAAAAGGCCCAAUGACUACACAAGGGGUGGAAGGGUUAGCUUUUGUUAAUACAAAAUACGCUCCAACUUCAGGUAACUGGCCGGAUAUACAAUUUCAUUUCGCACCAAGUUCUGUCAACUCCGAUAGCGGAGAACAGAUAAGAAAGAUUCUAAACUUACGCGAUAGGGUUUACAAUACCGUAUAUCAACCUAUAGAGAACGCUGAAACUUGGACAAUACUGCCGCUGCUUUUACGGCCGAAAAGUUCCGGUUGGGUAAAACUGAAAAGUCGAAACCCGUUCCAACCUCCAUCGAUAGAACCAAAUUACUUUGCUUACAAAGAAGACAUCAAAGUAUUAACUGAAGGAAUAAAGAUAGCCAUGGCAAUAUCGAACACUACUGCUUUUCAGAGGUACGGAUCUAAACCCCACAAUAUACCAAUGCCGGGUUGUCAGCACCAUGUGUUGUUCAGUGACGAAUAUUGGGAGUGCAGUCUAAAACAUUUCACAUUUACUAUAUACCAUCCAACGGGAACUUGCAAGAUGGGUCCUAAACAUGAUGUAGAGGCUGUGGUCGACCCUCGUUUGAGAGUACAUGGUGUUGCAAACUUAAGGGUUGUCGAUGCCAGCAUUAUGCCGACAAUCAUAAGUGGGAACCCCAACGCUCCAGUAAUCAUGAUCGCAGAAAAAGCAUCGGAUAUGAUAAAAGAGGACUGGCUUGUGUUAUGACAGUGUGGUGUUUUAUUUAUUGAACUUAAUACUCAGUCAAAAACUGUUGACAUUACAAAAUACUCGUAAGUGUAAUGUUUUACUAGUUAGUGUAAAUAAUCAACUGGUAUUUGUUAAGUCGAGUCUUUAAUUGUCAUGAUUAUUACUUACAUUUAGAAUAGUACAUAAUAAAUGAGGCGACUGCAA